ACCAUGAAUGGCGGGCGCUGUGUUCCGUUCUGUUUUAUUCCGCCAGUUGAUUUCGGUUCGGGUUCAGGUUCGGAUCCGCUCAUGCCAGCUCGACCACGGUUCGUGUCGAUUUCGAAUUCGCAUUGGCUUGGGAGAGGGUCUUGCAAGUAAAAUUCAUGUUAAUGAAUGUUAAUUUAUACAUUUGUAAGAAUCUAAAAUCUGUUUUUCCACACACAACAAUUAUUGGCGCGGCCGUCGUCGGUCGCCCGGCGGUGAUUUCGAAUUUGGAAGCAGUUGUGCCCGAAACGUCGACGCGAACGCAACGAGCGUUAGCGGUGGAGCUACAAAGGUAUAGCCUAACGCCAGGAUGGAUCCCGAGUUUGUGAACAAGUACAACCAGGUCCUGAGCCGGCUGAAGCUGGUGGAGAACUUCGAUGGCAGCGAUCCCAACAAGCUGCCGCAGUUCCUCCAAAAAAUCGAGGCCCUCAUGCCGGCCAUCAACAGUUUCGAUGACUACUACAAGGCGCAGUUGAUAGGACACAUUAAAAACAAGUGCACGGACCGGGCCCGGGAGGCGGUCUUCACGCGCCAAAUGAGUGCUCCCGUGGGCAAUGGCAAUGGAGCAGGCAACGGGCACCUCCUCAAGGCGGAGUCCUGGCUGAAGCUCAAGGACCAACUGCUGUACAACUACGCGGAAAGGGAGUCCAGCUACUCGCUGAUCCACAAGAUACGCAGUGCUGUUCUGGACUCGAACAUCGAGCUGUACUACCAAAAGAUGGCCAAGCUCAAGCACAGACUGAUCAACAGGAAGCUGACCCACAACGACACCUUGUACGGGCUCGAGGACAUCGAGCGCAUCACCCUGCAGGUCUUCCGGGACCACCUGCCCGAGCCGACGCACUCGAUGAUCCUGCGGCGCAACCCGAAGAGCAUGGAGGAGGCCUACCGCUACAUAGUGGAGGUGCAGCAGCAGUUCUACACGCAGAGCGGAUCUCUGGCCACGGACCAGGCGGCCACCUUCAGCACCAGCCACAAGCAGCAGUCCUACGGCGUGGGCAUGGGCGGCGUGGGCGUGAGCACGGUGGGCUUGGGCGUGGGCAUGGGCGCCGUGGGUCUGGGCCUCUCCUCCUACGCGCGCCAAAUGUCCAACGACAAGAGCCAGCAGAGCAGCAACGCCAGGAGCUACUACAACCAGUCGGCACCGCCGGUGGGCGCGGGCAAAAACCAUCCCAUGUUCAAGAGCAUGGGCAAUCCCACCUUCAAGUCCAGCUUCAGCUACAAUGGCACCAGCAACGCCUCCGGCCUGGGUUCGAACUACCCGAGUGGCAAGAAGUCGGAUGUAAAGCAGAACUAUCAGCAGCAGAAGAGCCAGAACUACGCGAAGACCUCGUCGGCCAGUGCCUGGAAGAAGUAGCCCGCGAUCGAUGAUGAUCUCCCCCCGCGUCGGCAGUCCAAUGAGAUAAGCAGUUCGGCGGGCAUGACCUAAUCCCUUGGAGCCUGUGACUAAGCCCAGGCAAAGUGCUUAGUGCCACCUCAUGCUAAUUACCCCAAGACCUCACCCUCCCCCAUGGCGAUGAUGUGGCUGCAGAUCAUAGGAUGUGAAUAUAGAUUAACGUAAUGUGAGCAAUGCUGUGCAAUGGGAAGGGGCUGAUUUGUACUAGGCACUACCAGUUAUAAAUAUCAGUCCCAUUUAAUAUGAUAAUGAUGUGAAUAUUAUAAAGUGUACAAAUAAUGGAAGUGUUAAUAUUAUAAAAGACAAUGCAACAAAUGAAAUACCUCCAUGAAUUACAAGCUGUACGACUGCACAUGCAAAUAACACAAACGAUGUGAAUAUAGCUGAGGAUAAUGCAAGUAAUAGAAAGUAAAAGGUGUUCGAAUGAUAGAAAGUGUGAUAGGUAGAGGGAAAAUAUAUGCAAUAUAUCAUGAAAACUAACCCGUAAAAGAACAAAAAGUAUAAGAACCACUAGUAUUUGAGAUCAAAACGUUGAAGAGCCAUUAAAAAUGAUCUUGUCGAUAUGCCAGAUAAUGAAGCCGAUUAAAAUGAUGUUCAGUAAUGAUGACAUCGAUCGCGUGUCUAUCGAUGAUGAUCAAUCCGCAGACAGUAUGGACAUGUUAAUUAUUAGCUCAUAAGACCCAGUGUACAUAUAGCCGCGCACCUCGAGCCCAGCCUCGGUCACAUUACCCCCUGUAUCUCCCACAAAUGCGCUAUUUUAACAACAAUCGCCCACCUUCAGAUUCGUUUUUGUUAACAAUAAAGUGUAAAGUCUAA